AUGGCGGGACAGGUUAUCACCCAAAAUGAAAUUAUCAAUCGUAAAACAGUCACUGUGGAUUUUUCGUCAGAUAUCUUGCAUGAAUAUACAAUCAGAAUAAAGAGUCAUAAGUAUUCGCUUCCAUAUUACUUCGCAGUUCGCGGAUAUGACCGAUAUCGCUACUAUUCAAAUUAUUCUAGCAUUGCAGAUAUAGAGUUCUAUAAAGUUAAAUCACCUCGGCAUUUAAGAGUUACAAUUCUAUCUCAUGCUUUUAAAGAAUUGCAAAUGGAAUGGAAUCUCGACUUAUCAACAGGAUUAAUGCCAGUAAAAUAUAAAAUUUGCUGGAUAAAAACUUUAACAUCCAAUGGUAAUGAGAACAGAGAAUCUUGUAAUGUGAUAUCAACUGAUCUAUUAUCUCGAACUAAUGAAGAUAUUAGCCUUCGCUUUAAAUUUAGAGAACUACAUUAUGGUUCUGUAUACAAUUUUCGUAUCCAAGCUAUAGACAUCUUUGAUGGUAUUUCAUCGGCCAGCAACGUAGCAAAAGUAGAAAUAUUUCAUUUAUCGCGACCCAUAGAUGCUUUUACUAAUAUUAUAAGUCAAAAGACAAAGACAGUCGCUAUCAGCUGGAAAGUAUUACUAAAUGAUCUGCGAAUAUCGACAAGAAUCUCUAAAUUACAAAUUAAAUCUUUUACUAUCAGUGCCUUAACUGAUGCGAAUUAUUGCAGAGUAGCCAUCAGUAAUCAACCAGCGUUAGUAAACAAGUUCUCUAUUUUGGCUAAUAAAACGGUUCAAAUUAGAAAUAACGGUUUUAGAGGCUAUCAAACAAUGUCCGCGUACUUCAUCCCUCCCGAUCAUGUACCAUUUGAGCAGCAUUAUAUUGCUGUUAUCGCAAUUUUUGGUAGUGCUUUGUUAUACUGA